ACAUGGUUCUGGAUCAGCACGAGGUGUCGGGCGCUGUAGGUCAGGAUGCCAGGAAGAGGAUCCGAGAGGCCCUGCUCAAACAACACCACCACCAAAACCACAAGAAACUGGCCAACCGCAUCCCUAUUGUUCGUUCCUUUGCCGAUAUUGGCAAGAAGCAGUCCGAGCCACAUUCCAUGGACAAGAAUGGCCAAACGGUCUCACCUCAGUCCCAGCCGGCUAACAAUGAGGGCAAACAAGAUGUCAGCCGAGAAAACAGUGCUGUCGACUUCAGCAAGAUUGACCUCCACUUCAUGAAGAAGAUCCCUCCUGGUGCCGAGGCAUCCAACGUCCUGGUGGGGGAGCUGGAAUUCCUAGACCGCCCCGUGGUGGCCUUCAUCCGCCUGUCUCCAGCUGUGCUGCUCAACGGCCUGGCUGAGGUUCCCAUCACCACCAGGUUUCUUUUCAUCUUGCUCGGCCCUCUGGGAAAAGGUCCACAGUAUCAUGAAAUUGGCCGGUCUAUUGCCACUCUGAUGACUGAUGAGAUUUUUCAUGAUGUCGCUUACAAGGCCAAAGACAGAAACGACCUGGUGGCGGGCAUCGAUGAGUUUCUGGACCAGGUGACAGUGUUGCCUCCUGGAGAGUGGGACCCCUCCAUCAGAAUAGAACCUCCCAAAAACGUGCCCUCUCAGGAAAAGCGUAAGAUUCCCCCUGUUCCCAAUGGAGUGACGGAUCUCGGAGAGUUGGAGGAACACGGAGGGCAUGGCGGUCCUGAGCUCCAGCGUACUGGAAGGUUUUUUGGCGGUUUCGUCAUGGACAUUAAGCGAAAGGCUCCUCACUACCUGUCCGACUACGCAGAUGCCCUCAGUCUGCAGUGUCUGGCCUCCUUCCUUUUCCUCUACUGCGCCUGUAUGUCACCCGUCAUCACCUUCGGAGGACUCCUGGGUGAGGCCACAGAGGGACGUGUGAGUGCUAUUGAGUCCUUGUUUGGAGCGUCCAUGACUGGAAUAGCCUACUCUCUUUUUGCUGGUCAACCUCUGACAAUCUUGGGCAGCACAGGGCCUGUUCUUGUCUUUGAGAAGAUCCUCUUCAAGUUCUGCAAGGACUACGGCCUCUCCUACCUCUCCUUGAGGGCCUGUAUUGGCCUGUGGACAGCCUUCUUAUGUCUACUGCUGGUGGCCACGGAUGCCAGCUCGCUCGUCUGUUACAUCACGCGCUUCACUGAAGAAGCCUUCGCAUCCCUUAUUUGCAUCAUCUUCAUUUAUGAGGCCCUGGAGAAGCUGAUGCACCUAGGGGUGCACUACCCCAUCAAUAAAAACAACGACCUUCAGAAGCUCACACAGUAUUCUUGUGCAUGUGUGGAGCCCAGUCACCCCAGCAAUGAGACCCUGCAGCUCUGGGAGGAGAGAAACAUCACGGCAUCCCAGGUCAACUGGACCAUGCUAGAGGUCAAGGAGUGCGAGAUGUUGCAUGGGGAGUUUGAGGGCAGUGCCUGUGGUCCCCACGGCCCUUACAUCCCAGACGUCCUCUUCUGGUGCGUGGUCCUUUUCUUCUCCACCGUCUUCAUGUCGGCCUUCCUCAAGGAGUUCAAAACUAGCCGUUACUUCCCUACCAAGGUGCGAGCCAUCAUCAGUGACUUUGCCGUCUUCAUCACCAUCCUCACCAUGGUUUUGGUAGAUUACGCCCUGGGGAUCCCUUCACCUAAAUUACAAGUCCCCAGCAAGUUCAAACCAACCAGAGAUGAUCGUGGCUGGCUUAUAAACCCUGUGGGGCCUAAUCCCUGGUGGACCACUAUCAUCACAGUCCUCCCUGCUCUGCUGUGCACCAUCCUCAUCUUUAUGGACCAGCAGAUCACAGCCGUUAUUAUUAACAGGAAGGAGCACAAACUGAAGAAAGGCUGUGGCUACCAUCUGGACCUGUUUGUGGUGGGGGUGAUGCUGGGCGUGUGCUCUGUGAUGGGUCUGCCAUGGUUCGUGGCCGCCACCGUGCUCUCCAUCUCCCAUGUGAACAGCCUGAAGCUGGAGUCGGAGUGCUCAGCCCCCGGAGAGCAACCCAAGUUCCUGGGCAUCAGAGAGCAGCGCUUCACUGGCUUCAUGAUCUUCACCCUGAUGGGCUGCUCGGUCUUCAUGACUUCUGUGCUAAAGUUUAUCCCCAUGCCUGUGCUGUACGGAGUGUUUCUGUACAUGGGGGCUUCCUCACUCAGAGGCAUUCAGUUCUUUGACCGUCUGAGGCUGUUCUGCAUGCCGGCCAAACAUCAGCCCGACUUCAUCUAUCUUCGCCACGUCCCACUGAGGAAGGUGCACCUCUUCACUAUCGUCCAGCUCAGCUGCUUGAUUCUGCUGUGGGUCAUCAAGACCUCCAAAGCUGCCAUUGUCUUCCCUAUGAUGGUCUUGGCCCUGGUGUUCAUUCGUAAACUGCUGGACCUCAUCUUCUCCAAGAGAGAGCUGAGCUGGCUGGAUGACCUGAUGCCAGAGUGGAAGAAGAAGAAACUGGAGGAUGCAGAAGAAGAGGAGGAACACAGUAUUAUUGCAGAGGAAGAAGGCAUUGUACAAGUGCCAUUGGAGGGACACUUCAAGAGUGACCCAGCCACAGUCAACAUCACUGAUGAGAUGUCCAAAGGAUCUUUCGGGAAUGUGUGGAAGAGUGUCAGUCCUUCUGAAAGCACUAAGAAGGAACCAAGCGCUAAAAGCUCCCCUUCCUAACCUCUCAGAAGCUGAUAUCCCAAAGUUGUUCCAGUGGCAGCGAAAAGCGUCACAAGCGGCGGAGGCAUGAGAAGAGUUUGGACAGGGAGACAAGUUUGUGAUGACACAUACUGGCGGACGGUGCCACUGUGCUGUCGAUCAGUAGAUAAAAA